AUGACCAAUAGGCAAGCCCCCGGCAACGGAAGCCCUGUCAACAUGCAGAUGACUCCUGACAGCAAAAAAACUCGUGUUUUGAGCACACAGAGACGGAGGUCUUUUGAAGACUGGCUUGAGUCAACGUCCAUCACCUUGACACAGGUUAAUGGUCAACGAAAAUAUGGCGGUCCUCCUACGGGCUGGAGAGGUCCUGCUCCCGGCCCAGGCUGCGAGGUCUUCAUCAGCUCUAUCCCGCGGGACGUGUUCGAGGACUGCCUGAUUCCACUCUUCCAGACUGUGGCACCGCUCUACGAGUUCCGCCUGAUGAUGAACUUCAGCGGGCAGAACCGCGGCUUCGCCUACGCCAAGUACGGGCGCCCUGCCGACGCCGAGGCUGCCAUCCGGGCCCUGCACCUGCACCCGCUGCGGGGCGGCAUGUGCCUCAUCGUCAAGAUGAGCACAGAAAAGAGGCAGCUGUGUCUAGGGGAGCUGCCCGCUGGCGUGAGCGAGGAAGCGCUGCUCACUGUGCUGCGCAUGGUGUCAGACGGGGUCAGAGGAGUCACUGUGAGGGUGGCCGGGCCCAGGGGCAAGGCAACCUCCGCCCUGGUGUUCUACUCUUCACACUAUGCUGCUUCCAUGGCCAAGAAGGUGCUGGUGCAAGCCUUCAAGAAGCAGUAUGGAGUCUCCAUCUCUGUCCGCUGGUUCUCCGGCAGCUCCAAGCCCAGACAUGACGAGAGUGAAGAAGAGGGUGCCCUCGCAUGUCCGGGUCCUAAACCCGUCGGCCAGGCUCUUCUCACAGCCGCGAGCUUCCAGUUGGCAAGGUCUGCCUUCCGCGACCCCCACCCACAGCUCUUCUCGCGGGUGGUCGGGGGUCCAGCCCCCCAGGCGAGCAGCGGUGAGGCAGUGCCGCACGACGCCGUGGGCCGCCUGCGUCGGCUGUGCGAGCUGUACGGGCUCGGCCUGCCAAUCUACGACGUGCGCUACCACCACACCAGCGCCGAUGGCUUUCUCUGCGUCAGCUACAGCGUGCUGGUACCAGGGCUACCCAUGCCUUUCUGUGGCGUUGCCCAAGUCCUCCCCGGCCCCAGCACCAACACCACGGAGGAGGAGGCCCGCCGCACUGCUGCCGAGCAGGUCCUCAAAGCCAUGAGUCGUGCGUAG